AUGAACUUUAAUCUGUACGGAUCACUUAACUCUGCAAAGCUGCUGCUCAAGCCCGGCCUGUGUUUGCCUCACCACAUUGCACCGACCUUUAACGAUCUACCCAUCCCGCUCGAUGCGGUCCUGCAGAGAGACGGCCGAAGAGCCAAUAUCAAGGCUGUAGUCUUGGACAAGGACGACUGCUUUGCUUAUCCUGAUGCAAAAGAAGUAUAUCCUGCUUACAAGCAACACUUUGAAAAGCUGAAGCAGACAUACCCGGGACGAAAGCUCUUGGUGGUGUCCAAUACGGCUGGCUCUACUAGCUGGGAUAAAGAUCUCAAGCAAGCAGCCGAUGUGGAAAAAAGCACUGGAGUCUUUGUUCUCCCUCAUUCUACGAAGAAGCCUGGCUGUGGUGCUGAGAUCAUGGCGUAUUUCAAGAAAUAUCCAGAGACGGGAGUGACCGAUCCAUCGCAUAUUGCCGUUGUUGGUGACAGGCUCACCACUGAUGUGAUGCUUGCUAACAUGAUGGGUGCCUGGGGAUUUUGGAUCAAAGAUGGCGUGGUGCCGCUGAGCCAGAAGAGCAUCUUCUCAAGGAUUGAUCACUGCCUGGCGGGAUUUCUGCAAGCAAGAGGCGUGAGGCCCCCUGAGCCGCAAGUUUCGUCUGAAAAGUACUGA